CGCAGUGCCCACCCGCGAGUCCGGCGCUCAUGGCCCGCGCCACGGAGCCCGAGCGGCGGCUGCUGGCCGUCUACACGGGCGGGACCAUCGGCAUGCGCAGCGAGGGCGGCGUGCUGGUCCCCGGGAAGGGCCUGGCCGCCGCCCUGCGCCCACUGCCCAUGUUCCACGAUGAGGAGUACGCCCGGGCCCGUGGGCUCACAGAUGACACCCUGGCACUGCCGCCCGCCAGCCCCGGCCAGAGGAUCAUCUACACCAUCCUGGAGUGCCAGCCGCUCUUCGACUCCAGCGACAUGACCAUCACCGAGUGGGUCCAGAUUGCACAGACCAUUGAGAGACACUACGAGCAGUACCACGGCUUCGUGGUCAUCCACGGCACCGACACCAUGGCCUUCGCCGCCUCGGUGCUCUCUUUUGUGCUGGAGAACCUGCAGAAGCCCCUCAUCCUCACGGGAGCCCAGGUGCCCAUCCACGCGCUGUGGAGCGACGGCCGAGAGAACCUGCUGGGGGCCUUGCUCAUGGCCGGCCAGUACGUGAUCCCCGAGGUCGGCCUGUUCUUCCAGAACCAGCUGUUUCGAGGAAACCGGGUGACGAAGGUGGACGCCCGCAGGUUUGCUGCCUUCUGCUCGCCCAACCUGCCCCCACUGGCGGUCAUGGGCGCAGACGUCACCAUUAACCACGAGCUGGUGCGGAGGGUGCGCGGGAAGGACCCACUGGUGGUGCACAGCGACAUGGAGCGCGACGUGGGGCUGCUGCGCCUGUACCCCGGGAUCCCUGCCGCCCUGGUGCGCGCCUUCCUGCAGCCCCCGCUCAAGGGCGUGGUCAUGGAGACCUUCGGCGCCGGCAACGGGCCCACCAAGGCCGACCUGGUGCAGGAGCUGCGCGCGGCCGCCGAGCGCGGCCUGGUCCUGCUCAACUGCACGCACUGCCUGCAGGGCUCUGUCACCGCCGACUACGCGGCCGGCAAGGCCAUGGCGGGGGCCGGCAUCGUCUCUGGGUUCGACAUGACGGCGGAGGCCGCCCUGGCCAAGCUGUCCUACGUGCUGGGCAGGCCGGGGCUGAGCCUGGAGGGCAGGAAAGAGCUGCUGGCCCGGGACCUGCGGGGGGAGAUGACCCGGCCCAUGGAGACCGAGCCCCGACCGUCUCUGCAAGGCGGCCCCCUGCGCCUAGGGCUCACCCACCUCCUCGGCCUCAGCCAGGAGGCCGCCGCUGUCCGGGACGCGCUGAUGCCCAGCCUGGCCUGUGCCGCGGCCCACGCGGGCGACCUGGAGGCGCUGCAGGCCCUGGCCGAGCUGGGCGGCGACCUGAGCCUGGGGGCAGCAGACGGCUGGACGCCCUUGCACGCGGCUGCUCGAGGCGGCCACGCCGGCGUGGUGUCCCUGCUGCUGCGCAGGGGGGCGGACGCCAACGCCCGCACCGACGGCGGCCUCAGCCCGCUGCAGCUGGCCGCGCGGGGCAGGCAUCGGGGGGUCAUCGGCCUGCUGAGGGCCGCAGGGGCCUGCCUGUCCCCGCAAGAGCUAGAGGACAUGGGCACUGAGCUGUGCAGGCUGGCGUCCAGGGCCGACCAGGAAGGCCUGCAGGCGUGGUGGCAGGCCGGAGCUGACCUGGGCCUGCCAGGCUACGAUGGACGCAGCGCCCUGCACGUUGCAGAGGCGACUGGGAACCUGGAGGUGGUCUCCUUCCUACAGCGCCUGCUGCGGGCAGAGGGGCCGGCCCCCCGUGACUGACCAUACAGUUGCGGGGCCCCUGUUGUCGCCCUGAAGUGCCUCCGGCUCCCUGCGACCAUGCUCUGGGAGGCCCCCGGAGGACGGCCGCCCCCACAUGCCCAGGAAGUGCUGCUCUGAGUCUCGCCCGGCGCCGACCUGCUGCAGCGUCAGCCCCGGCCUGUCGGGGCCUGCGGAGCUCCAGCCGGGCAGCGCUCUUCCGGCCAGCCCGCGGGCUCCGUGGGCAUCGCGGCAAUAAAGUCUCCCGGCCACUCC